CACUUUUAUAUUAAAUCUAAAAUGGAGAGCAGCCAAAACUCACCGGAUCGAGACAUGUUUGUUAAAUGAAGAUGCACAUAACCAUAUGAUAAGGAAAAAUACAGAUUGCAUAAGGAUUUUGCAUUCGGUCAAAUAUGAAUUGGACUUUUUAUCUUGUGCUGUCAUUCUGGUGUCUUGUGGUUUGCGAUGGAUGGCAUGACUAUAGCGAGUGUGACUGUAAUGGCAAUGGCACAGAGAAACACUGCACGUGUGACCAGCACGAGGGCGGUUAUAAGAAGAGGGUGUGUCUGAUAGUAAUAGCGUCCUUAUUAGCCGUGGGUGUGGUCGGUAUCAUUGUAGGUUGUUGUGUGUACAACAGAAAAAGGAAGAAGGAAAAGACAGACCAAGAUAAGUUUGAAGAACCCAAACAAUACGUCAAGGACCCGCUACCAGAUUGGGACUCAUUAGCUACAAUCAGUUUUCCACCCAAAUAUACAACGCUUCCUUUCUAUCAUCCAGAGACGCAUAACUCAUCAAUAUCUCCACCACCUCCAUACUCGAAGUAUUGAAGACCAAGACUGCUUUCAUAACAGACUUGCAUAACUCUAUAAUAUCUCAUCGCCUUCAUACUCAAAGCACUGAAGAUCAAGGUCGCUUUCAAAACAAACUUGGAAAUCUUUUGUUGUUUCUAACAGAAGUUAUCAGAUGAGCGGUGUCAGAAUUAAAUAAUUUCGUAGUUUGUAACUACUUAAAGAUGACCAUUAUCCUUAUGGUCUUGAAAAUGAAGGCGAUAACCAAGAUUCAAGAAGAGGCAACAAGCUUCAAGAAGAGGCAACUUGCUGUAACAGAUCUUCUGUAAGAAUAAAAUGAGAUUAUGAACUGCAACAUAUAAAUAGAGGAACAGGAAUGCCUUUGUAUAUUGAAUUAAUUAAAGGGCAAGGACUGUCUGACAAUUAGUUCAUGUUCAUGGUUGAAAGCCAUUUUUUUCUCAUGUCUUUCAUAACGCUGAAAGAAUUUUUAAAAAUCGGACCACUAUUGAAAAAGAUAUGGCAGCUUGAAUUUUCAGAAAAUGGCUGGCCAUGGAGGCAUCCAUUUUAGUGUGUUUAUUAUGUCAUUUAUACACUGUUGAAUUCUUUAUUUAGCAAACAACCUUUUAAAUAUAUUAAUUUUGUAUGUUUCAUAAUAGCUAGAAAAGGUAGAGAAAUUAUUUUACAGAAAUAAGUAAAUACAGCUCAAAUGUUUAGCUAGAGACUAAAUAAAUCCGCCAUCUUGUGAACACGAUAGAGAUCACAUUUUGCAAUAAACUUGCACCCAACUUGUACUGACAUAAUAUCUCGGUUCCUUUCGGAAACUGGCUGUAUUUCCCUGACCAAGGCAAAUUUAUUCGACCCUAAUAUACCCUGAACAGUCGCGCGCCAAGAAGACGCAACGAAAUGUGCCAAAAAUCCGAGAAGAUAUUAAAACCUUCUAUCUUCUUGACAAUGAAAGAAAUGAGUACUACUAAGUAACAGGUUUGUAGUUCGAGGCCUCUGUUUUCAGUGACAUGGGAACGAUUUGAAUAAACAAUAAACAUUAUUUCUUUAAAGCCGUUCUGGUCCCCCUCAUCUGAUUCACGUAAAGAAGUUGUCAGUUACUUGUGGAUAUAAAGUCAAUACAAAUAUAAAAUCCAGGAAACUGACCGUUUUACACAAAAAGAGACUGCCAGGUCGACAAAACUUUGUGCAGUGCAAAAUAUUUCGUAAUAUUUAAAGGCAUAAAAAUGUCAACCGUUAAUUUGAUAUGAAUUAACGACAUUCAGCAAAAUUAGAACAUUUUCAGAAAACGAGAAAUGUACUUUGACCAGUUUCCCACCAAUAUAUUUAAACUCUCUACCUUAUUUCAGACACGUCCGAAAUAAAUCACGAACAUUUAACUGGGCUAUUUUCAAAAAUACAACUUCGAGUUUUAUGUUCCAUGUAAGUUGUGCAGAAAAUCAUCACAAUUUUCAUGGAUAUCAACUUGGAGGAAAUUUGUGUUGUUGUUUUUGCAAUUACAUCAUUGUCAUUCGUUUUCUUUGUAAAAUAAAAUGUGCUGUU